CGCUCCGCUCUGCUCCACAGUGAGCGGCGUGUCAGUGAGGAAGGUGAUUAGAGUGUCUUCUUCUGCAUACAUGACUGUCUGUCGACAAUAGCAAUGUGGCGCAAGCUGUUCACCUCCGUCCCUGCUUUCAGAGCCCUGAAAGCACCCUGUCGGAGCUUUAAAAGCAGCAGCAGGGGAGCUGAAAAGGACUUCUUUAAAGAUCUGGACACUCAGCUGCGGGCGUUUCGGGACAAAGCGGCUGCAGCAAUGCCCGGCAGUGACUGGAGCCCGAUUGAGUUGACCCCUGGCCUGCCCCCGGAGAGGGCUGAUGUGGUGAUUGUAGGAGGGGGAGUCGUAGGAUGGUCCAUCGCAUACUGGCUAAAGAUGAAGGCGCGAGUGAGGGAUGGUCUGAGAGUGCUAGUGGUGGAGAAAGACCCUACUUAUUCCCAGGCGUCGACUGUGCUGUCAUGUGGUGGAAUUCGGCAGCAGUUCUCCUUGAAAGAAAACAUCCUGCUGUCACUGUUUUCAGCUCAUUUCAUGAAGAACAUUAAUAAUCAUCUCUGGGUUGUAAAUGAAGACCCCGUUGAUCUGCAGUUUAAUCAUUCCGGAUAUCUCUUCCUCGCCAGUGAAAAAUCAGCUCAUAUUAUGGAGGAAAACUACAGAACUCAAAGAUACGUGGGUGCGAAGGUCGUCCUCCUUUCACCAUCCCAGCUGAAGGAGCGAUUCCCUUGGAUGAACACGGAGGGGGUCGCUCUGGCUUCUCUUGGACUAGAGAACGAGGGCUGGUUUACCCCAGCGAAACUGUGUAGUCUCAUUAGCUACAUCGUCCCUAUCUCCUCCAGGUUUGUUUAUGUGGUACAUUGUCCUGAUGGACCAGGGCUGGAUACUCCAUUUCUGAUUGACUAUUCAGGGGUUUACUGUAGACGAGAGGGACUGGGAGGAAAUUACAUCACGGGAAUGUCACCAGAGGAGACAGAAGAACCAGAUAUCAGUAACCUUGAUGUGGACCACGAGUUCUUUCAAGAGAAGGUCUGGCAUCGUCUGGCCCACCGUAUUCCUGCAUUCGAGCAACUGAAGGUCUCAAGCGCGUGGGCUGGGUUUUACGACUACAACACCUUUGAUCAGAAUGGCAUUAUUGGACUUCAUCCUCUUGUGCCCAACAUGUACUUUGCCACGGGCUUCAGUGGUCACGGUCUGCAGCAGUCUCCUGCGGUCGGACUCGCAGUGGCUGAGCUUAUUCUGGACGGAGGCUAUAAGACCAUCGACCUUAGUGCUUUUGACCUUAAACGGAUCCUCCUGCAGGAGCCCAUACAGGAGAGUAACAUCGUGUGAGGAGCACAAAAACAUACAGGGAAGAUGAAUGUGUCCUCAGGAUGGAGCCACUUGACAUGAACGUCACAGUGAUAUCAUAGUUCAGACAGAACUCUCACUGGAACAAUGGAACUGAAUUUUCAGGAGGAUGAGUUCAGUUUGGAAACAAAACAUAAUCAGAUUAUUAAAAGGGUUAGUUCACCCAAAAAUGAAAAUUCUGUCAUUAAUUACUCACCCUCAUGUCGU